UAGCAGUGAGAGGCUCACUGAUGCUGGACCCCCGAUGCGCAGUGAGGAGGACCAGCCGUGCGUGUAGCGCUGCUCCUCACCGUCUCCUCCCCUGUUUCUGCAGUGUUACUGCUUUUUUCUUCCUUCUCGCUCAUCGUUCUCUUGUGCCAAUGCUGCCCACCGCAAGAAGCAAUAUGAAAGAUAAGUUCAUCUCCUGAGGCCACAACUUCCACGCUGGGCUGACUCACUGACAACUGCACCCAGAAGCCGUACAAACCUUCACAUGUGACAAACAUUGACCUCCAGCAUCAGACAACUCCAAACAUCAUGUUUCUGCACAAGCGUAUACUGAACUGCGUUCCGCCCAUCAGCGCCCGCAUGCUCAGCUCCUUGCUGCUGUUUCUCCUCCCGGGAAUCACCCAUUUCUCCCUCGGCAGCGCCAGCCACGAAGAUGCCGGGAGCACGCCGGCCAACUGCUCCAGUGAAGACAACUGCUCGGAGGGCGUGGUGCUGCCCAUGUGGAACCCCCAGAACCCGGCGGUGGGCGACAAGGUGGCGCGUGCCAUUGUCUACUUUGCAGCUCUCAUAUACAUGUUCCUGGGCAUGUCGAUCAUCGCCGACCGCUUCAUGUCCUCCAUCGAGGUCAUCACCUCUCAGGAGCGGGAGAUCACCAUCAAGAAGCCGAACGGCGAAACCACCACCACCACAGUGCGCAUCUGGAACGAGACGGUGUCCAACCUGACGCUGAUGGCGCUGGGCUCGUCGGCACCGGAGAUCCUGCUGUCCGUCAUUGAAGUGGUGGGCCAUAACUUCGAAGCUGGAGCUCUGGGUCCCAGCACCAUCGUGGGCAGCGCCGCAUUCAACAUGUUCAUCAUCAUCGCUAUCUGCGUCUACGUGGUGCCAGAGAAUGAAACCCGCAAGAUAAAGCACCUGCGGGUGUUUUUUGUCACUGCCGCCUGGAGCAUCUUCGCCUACAUCUGGCUGUACCUGAUACUGUCUGUCAUCUCCCCGGGAGUGGUGGACGUUUGGGAGGCAGUCCUCACCUUCCUUUUCUUCCCUCUGUGUGUGUUACAAGCCUGGAUUGCUGACCGGCGCCUGCUCUUCUACAAGUACGUCCACAAGCGUUAUCGGGCUGACAAGAACCGUGGCAUCAUCAUCGAGUCGGAGGGGGACGCCAUGUUCACUAAAAUGGACUUGGAGAUGGACGGGCAGGGGGUGAACUCCCACACUCACCCCAAGGAGGCUUUGGAUGGGAUGCUGGAGGGAGUGGAGGAAGGCGGUGGGAUGAGCACGGAGCAGGAUCAGGAAGAAGAAGCCCGUCGGGAGAUGGCUCGCACUCUCAAAGACCUGAAGCAAAGGCACCCGGAGAAAGACAUGGAGCAGCUGAUUGAGAUGGCCAACUACCAGGUGCUGGUGCAGCAGCAGAAGAGUCGGGCCUUCUACCGCAUCCAAGCCACGCGGAUGAUGAUCGGAGCCGGGAACAUCCUGAAAAAGCACGCGGCUGACCAGGCCAGGAAGGUGGUGAGCUGUCACGAGGCCAGCGGGCAAGAGGAAGACCCCAACACCAUCUACUUGCAGUUUGACCCCUCUCACUACCAGUGCUUUGAGAACUGCGGCUCACUUAAGCUGUCAGUGAGCCGGCAUGGUGGAGAAAGUGGCUGCACUGUGAAGGUGGACUACCGGACAGAGGACGGGACUGCCAAUGCAGGCUCAGACUAUGAGUUUGCUGAGGGCACUCUGGUCUUCAAGCCCGGCGAGACGACCAAAGAGUUCACCGUCGGCGUUAUUGACGAUGACAUUUUCGAGGAGGACGAGCACUUCUACGUGCGCCUCACUAACCCUCGCAUUGUGCACCGGGCUGAAGUCUCUGUCCUGGAGCCCAGCUCCAUCACCUCCAGCAACAGCACGGUGGGCAUCUCCUCCCACGUCCCCCCGAAGGCGGCGCUCGGCAACGCCCACACCGCCACGGUCACCAUCUACGACGACGACCACGCCGGAAUCUUCACCUUCGAGAGCAACUCCAUGAGGGUCAGCGAGAGCAUCGGCAACAUGCAGGUGAAGGUCCACCGGACGUCCGGGGCCAGGGGGAAGGUGGCCGUCCCCUACCACACCGUGGAGGGCACCGCCAAGGCGGGGGAGGACUACGAGGAGGUGUCUGGGAAGCUGGAGUUCCAGAACGACGAGACCAUGAAGCUGCUGAAUGUGAAGAUCAUCGACGACGAGGAGUACGAAAAGAACAAGACUUUCACCAUCGUGCUGGAGGAGCCCAUCCUGCUGGAGGUGGGACAGAGGCACGGAGACACGAACGACAACAAGACGGCGGUGGGACCGGAGGACGUGUCCAAGAUGGGCUGCCCCAUUCUGGGGGAGCACACCAAGCUGGAGGUGGUCAUCGAGGAGUCUUAUGAAUUCAAGAGCACCGUGGACAAGCUCAUCAAGAAGACGAACCUGGCCCUGGUGGUGGGGAGCAGCAGCUGGAGGGAGCAGUUUGUUAGCGCUGUCACUGUCAGCGCAGGUGACGAUGAUGAGGAGGAGAGCGGCGAGGAGCGGCUGCCGUCCUGCUUCGACUACAUCAUGCACUUCCUGACGGUUUUCUGGAAGGUCCUCUUCGCCUUCGUCCCUCCGACCGAGUACUGGAACGGCUGGGCCUGCUUCUUCGUCUCCAUCUCCCUCAUCGGCGUCCUGACGGCCGUGACCGGAGACCUGGCCUCGCAUUUCGGCUGCACCAUCGGCCUGAAAGACUCGGUCACCGCCGUGGUGUUCGUGGCCCUCGGCACCUCCGUUCCAGACACAUUUGCCAGUAAGGUGGCCGCCAUCCAGGAUCAAUACGCCGACGCCUCCAUCGGGAACGUGACGGGCAGCAACGCGGUCAACGUCUUCCUCGGCAUCGGGGUGGCGUGGACCAUCGCGGCCGUUUACUGGCGCACCAAAAACAAGCCGUUCAAGGUGAACCCCGGCUCGCUGGCCUUCUCCGUCACCCUCUUCACCAUCAUGGCGCUGGUGUGCGUGCUGAUGCUGCUCUACCGCCGGCGCCCCGGCGUGUCGGGCGGCGAGCUGGGCGGCCCACGGACAGCCAAGCUGCUCACCUUCCUCUUCUUCCUGUCCCUCUGGUUCAUCUACAUCCUGCUGGCGUCUUUGGAGGCGUACUGCCACGUACCGGGCUUCUGAGCCGCCGGGGAAUGCACUAACAUGACUCCUCUCCUUGUUUUUACAGUCUACUGAACGUGUUUUCUCUCUGUUUUUUGUCUAUUUUCACGGAGGUUUCUAACUCUUUGUAUCAUCAGUGAUUAUUGAUACCGCACAAUAUCUGAAUGACUUUGAAUCUUUGGACUUUGAAACUUUGCUACCACCCACUAUGCUGUGAAGGAUAGCUUUUAGCCACUUCGUUUUCUUUCUCUUUUUUUUUGUAAUAUUUGACAUUUAUCUAAUCGUUUGCUAAACCGCAUCAAUACU